CCGGAAUCUCAUGCUCUCCCCCCCCUUUCUACCCGCUUCUGACCACUUGGCUAGCCUAGGCCUUGCUCUGCUCACUCUUCUGAGCAAAUCCCAGUGUCCUUGAGGCUCUGACAGAUGGGUUCUUCUGAGUGGACAUUCUUAGAUGGUUAGAUUAGAGCCCAUGGUCUUGCCCAGCUAUUUCUGGUGAGCUUGAGGAAAGGGAGGAAAGAAAACAUGGGCUUAGUGGUCACCAGAUGCCCUCAGCCUGAAGAAAGGAGCAAGGAAGUAUGAUGUAGUUGCUUGGUAUGGUAAUGCACACCUGCAGUUCCAGCACUCAGGAGGCUGAGGCAGGAGGAUCACAGGUUUUAGGCAUAGUGAGAUCCUGUCUCAAAAGGAAACAAACAAGCAAACACAAACAUUCUGGGCCUGUACCUUGUUGCUAGACUGAUUUUUUUCCAGCAUGCACUAAGCCUCGGUUUUGGUCCCCAGUGCCACAUAAACUCAACUUGGUGAAGCUUUCCUGUACUUGGCCAGCACUUGAGAAAUUGAGGUGGAGGGUCCUCCUCAGCCACACAGUGAGGUGGAAGCUAGGCUAGACUUUUAACAGAACAAACAGGAACCCAGAUAGAUGAGCAUACUAAGCGUAGCACACAGAUGUCUCAGUGUUAUAUAUAAUGCCAGCGAGUGGCUAGGACAGUGGCUGGAGCAUUGUGGUGGCUGUGGCUCUUCUCUGAAACUGUGUGCUCUCCUAUGGCCCGUGCAGUGUGGCCUUGCCAGUAUUUCUCAUUAAUAGCACUCAGGGAUUCAUGGUGACAUACCAGCAAAUCUCUCUUCUCCCAGACCAGCUGUUAAAGGUCAUAGUGCCACUUGUGAACCUUAUUUAGGAAGUCAGCUCCAUGGCCUGUCUAACGUCUCCUCCAUUCCUGUGACGGUCAGUACCUGAGGGAAUCAACUUAAGUAAGGAGAGGGUUAUUGUGGACAUGGUUUCUUGGCUUUGGCUUGUCAUCUAGCCCUGUCCUUUGAACUUUGAGCUCUAUAGUGUAUCACGAAGGAGACAGAACAGAGUAGGUAGCUUACUCUUGAUGGGCUUGGGGUGAAGAAAGAUAGGAAAGACUCGGGGGUCCCAUUAUCUCCUUAGAGGGACUCACUGGGCCAGCUUCCUCCCCCUGGGCCCCAUGUCUUGAAAUGGCCCAUUGCCUACCAGGCCAGUGCUAGGUGGCCGCUGAGCAGGAGCAGGAGCAAAGCCACCGUGCAGAUCAGGAAGUGCUUGCUGUUGAGCUCAAAGCUUUAGUCCUGCCAAGAAGUGACACCCACCGUUCUGUGGCUUCCCUUUGCUGGCCUAGUGGCUCAAGCAACUGGGCACCUGUGGGAGCUGAUUUUGGUUGUCAACUUGACACACCUCAGGAAGAGAGAACUUCAGUUGGGGAAUUGUCUCCCUCAGAUUGGCCUGUGGCACGUUUUCUUGAUUACAAAUGAUGUAGGCUGGCCCAGCCCAUUGUGGGCAGUGCUAUCCCUAGGUCACCCUGAACUGUUUAAGAAACGAGCUAGACGUCAGCCUGGGUGCCUCUUAGUGAGCAGCACCCCUCCAUGUGUCUGCUGCAGUUCCUGCCUCCAGGUCCAGCUGAGUUCCUGCCCUGGCUUUCCUGCAUGGUGGUCUGUGGCCUGUGAGAUGUAAUAAACCUGUCCUUCCCAAGUCACCUUGGUCAUUGUUGCACCACAACAGAAGCAGUCUAGAAUACCCUCUCUGGUAAAGGAGAGACCUACCUUGGGCUUUGGCCAUUGCCACUCAGAAUCCAUUAAGAUGGUGACAGGAGACUCCCUGCUUUUCGGAAUUAUCACAUGAAUUCUGCGAGCUAGAGAGUAACAGGGCUCCAUCCUCAAGAGCUUUGUGAUAACCAGAGUUUGCAGCUCAAAACUAAGCUAGGGUUCUGUCCAGAGUAGCUCACCUUGGAGCCCCAGGUGAAGCUCCUCUGGAGCGCUGUCUCCCCUCAUACCUGUGCUGUGACUGACAGGCCCACUUGGGCCACUAUCCCAGGCUGUUCUCAGUGGCUUCCUGUCUGGGUCUUGGUUUGGCCUUGGUGGCUUCAGGGAUCCCCUCGGCCUUUUGCUGGAGCUGGGGCAGGUUUUACACAGACGAGCUCAACUGAAAACGUGUAUGUAGGGUGCCACCAGUGCCAACACCUCAUAAACAUCCCUGCGGCUUAUUAAAUGAUUAAAGAUCUCAUUCAUGAGCUGCCUGUUUCCAAGCAGCUGAGGUAGCGCUCUGAUGACUGCUCUGGCCUAUUGUAGAGACAUUGAGACAGAGAUGCUUGGCAUUAUGGAAGGAAGCCAGGCCACAGCUCCAGCACAGCAGAGGGGUGAUGCUCUGCUAGCACAGCGGCUGCUCUGCCGAGCUCUGGCCUUCAGUGUUGUAUCUCUCUGGAGCUGGCAGCACUGCAGAUAUAACUAGAACCCUAUGCAUGCUGAGAACAUGUUCUGCCACUGGUCUGCAUACACCCCAGUCCCUCUUGUAGUUCCCAAAGACUCUUAAACAGCCAUUUUCAACUGUUGCUUUGAGGUCUUCCUUGUCCAACUGUUGGUCACAGAUCCUUGAGCCAUGUAGCUGUCGGAUGGAGCACGGGGCAUCCUUUCUGGCUUGCUUCCACAGCCCUCCCACCUAUCUGGUGACUGCCUUAGGCCCCUCUGUGUUUACAUGAUUGACGGCUGAGCCCAUGUAGACACUUCUGUCGUGAUCCUUGAGGAAGACAGCAGAUAUGUUUGUGGACAUGCUUGAACCAGUCAAGAGGUUUUCCCCAGUUCUGUGCUGGCAGCCUGUCUGGAUAGAAGCAGCACCAGCGGUGCUGGCCUGUGGCCUGGCCACCUCUCAGGAGUGCAUGCUGGCCUGUGGCCUGGCCACCUCUCAGGAGUGCAUGCUGGCCACCUCUCAGGAGUGCAUGCUGGCCUGUGGCCUGGCCACCUCUCAGGAGUGCAUGCUGGCCUGUGGCCUGGCCACCUCUCAGGAGUGCAUGCUGGCCUGCUGGCCACCUCUCAGGAGUGCAUGCUGUCCUGCUGGCCACCUCUCAGGAGUGCAUGCUGGCCUGCUGGCCACCUCUCAGGAGUGCAUGCUGGCCACCUCUCAGGAGUGCAUGCUGGCCACCUCUCAGGAGUGCAUGCUGGCCACCUCUCAGGAGUGCAUGCUGGCCUGUGGCCUGGCCACCUCUCAGGAGUGCAUGCUGGCCACCUCUCAGGAGUGCAUGCUGGCCUGCUGGCCACCUCUCAGGAGUGCAUGCUGGCCUGCUGGCCACCUCUCAGGAGUGCAUGCUGGCCACCUCUCAGGAGUGCAUGCUGGCCACCUCUCAGGAGUGCAUGCUGGCCACCUCUCAGGAGUGCAUGCUGGCCACCUCUCAAGAGUGCAUGCUGGCCACCUCUCAGGAGUGCAUGCUGGCCUGUGGCCUGGCCACCUCUCAGGAGUGCAUGCUGGCCUGCUGGCCACCUCUCAGGAGUGCAUGCUGGCCUGCUGGCCACCUCUCAGGAGUGCAUGCUGGCCACCUCUCAGGAGUGCAUGCUGGCCACCUCUCAGGAGUGCAUGCUGGCCACCUCUCAGGAGUGCAUGCUGGCCACCUCUCAGGAGUGCAUGCUGGCCUGUGGCCUGGCCACCUCUCAGGAGUGCAUGCUGGCCUGCUGGCCACCUCUCAGGAGUGCAUGCUGGCCUGCUGGCCACCUCUCAGGAGUGCAUGCUGGCCACCUCUCAGGAGUGCAUGCUGGCCACCUCUCAGGAGUGCAUGCUGGCCACCUCUCAGGAGUGCAUGCUGGCCUGUGGCCUGGAUACCUCUCAGGAGUGCAUGCUGGCCUGUGGCCUGGACACCUCUCAGGAGUGCAUGCUGGCCUGCUGGCCACCUCUCAGGAGUGCAUGCUGGCCUGCUGGCCUUAGCUCCAGGCUGCUUACAGUGACAGGAUGACUCCUGACCCCUGGCAGAGUCCUGAGUUGUCAGACUCAGCACCUCAGGCUUCCACUCUCCUCUCUCUCUGGAGCCUGGUGCUAGGACUCAGUGUCUUCCAGCCCCCAUGCCUCUACUCUGGCUGUUUUUACAGCUUUAAUUUAAACGACGGCUUCUUGAUAUCUUGUUUACGAAGCUGCCAGAGUGAAAAAUUCCUGUAUUAUAUGAGGCUCGAAGUCCUCGAGUUAUCUCAGCCCCGCAACACACAACAUCAUUAUCCCGCUGGCCCUUAUCACUCAGUGCCGCUGCGCCCGUGGGACCCCGUGCCACCGCUGCACGUCUCACCGCCUGCUGGCUGCCCCUCCAGCCUCACAGGAUACUCACUGCAACAAGCAUUAGGCUCUCCAUAGAUUAGAUAUCUCAGUGAUAUUAGGAGGGCUGGUAAAUCUUUAAAAGUAACUUUUUGAUUUAUUUAACCAUUGUAUUUAUCAAGCAAACAAAAAUUUCUUCUCUUGCUUGAGUGCUCAUAGGCGAUGGUGCCAGAGCUGCCAGGGGAGGUUGGAACCUUGAGGUUCCCCGGCAAGGCUGGGAGUAACUCCAGUUCUCUGUAACAGUGAAAGAGGGGGCGAAAGGCAGCUGUGAGCUGCUCUGGAUGUGGGGGUACCCUGGAGCCCUGGCUGUGGUGACAUCAUUCAGAAGGACAGGUUGUCCCCAGUGCUGGGGACCAUCAGUAGCUCAGACCCUGGGUCCCUCAGCCGUGUUCGAUAUGUAACCAUGGUUUUUUUUUCU